AUGACUAUCCAGAAUUCCGAGAUCCCCAUCAUCGACUUUGAAGGCUUUGGCGACGGCACGAGCCAGCGCGCCAUGGAGAUUGGCGAGCAGUUCUAUGCGGCAUGUCGCGACGUCGGCUUCGCGUACCUCGUGAACACAGGUGUACCACAGGAGGAGGUGGAUGCCAUCUUCUCGUGGUCAAAAAAGUUCUUCGAGCUGCCCUACGACGUCAAGAUGACAGCACCCCACCCCCCGCGCGGCGAUCAGCACCGUGGAUACUCGGGUGUCGGAGUCGAGCAAGUAUCGCAGAUGGUGUUUGACGAGGACAAGCUGCACGAGUUGCGUGGCAAAGGAGCCGACUUUAAGGAGAGCUUUGACAUGGGAUCCGGCGACUCGCAACGCUGCCACAAUGUUUGGAUCGAGGACCACUACCUCCCUGGUUUCCGAGCUGGUGCCGAGCAUUUCAUGAGCAUCGGGCGUGCGCUGCAGGAGAAGGCACUGCAUGCUCUCGCCCUCGGAAUGCCGCAUGUCCCGACCGACUUCUUCGACAAGUACCACACCGACGCCGACAACCAGCUUCGUCUCCUUCACUACCCGUCAGCUCCCUGGAGUGUCUUCGAGUCGGGCGAGAAGGGCCGUAUCGGCGCCCACACCGACUUUUCCACAUGCACCUUCCUGUUCCAGGACGACGUUGGUGGACUCGAAGUUGAGUCCCCCUCGCAGCCGGGAACAUUCAUCCCCGCCCCACCGAUCAAGGGCGCCGUCGUGUUCAACAUCGGCGACUUCCUUAUGCGGUGGAGCAACGACGAGCUGCACUCGACGCUGCACCGUGUUCGUGCCCCCGCUCGCCGGCCAGAGGACGGCGAGAUGACCCGCGAGCGCUUCAGCAUCCCAUACUUCUGCUCGGCCAACGCCAACAUGACGAUUGACGCUCUGCCGGGCACGUUUGGGCCUGAGCGCCCCAAGAAGUACGAGCCCAUCACGGCUGGCGAGUAUGUCAACAUGCGCCUGAACGCGACGUAUGUCGGUUCGGGCAUCAAGGGUUCUGCCUAG